AUGGCACCUGCGACGAUCACCAGUAGGGAUUCGCUCGAUGUAUCAGCAAAGAUACAGCAAGAAGCCGGGGCAGCUGCAUAUUCAAAUAGCCAAAAGCUUGUCAAAACUACACGGCCUAAUCCUUCUUUACAAGCAACAGCCGACCACCGCCUGAAAUUAGUCGAAGCUCCAGUUCCAGAACCGGGCCAUGGAGAGGUCUUGCUCCACGUGAAGGCUACUGGAAUUUGCGGAUCGGAUGUCCACUUCUGGAAAUCCGGGCGGAUAGGCUCCUUAGUUUUCGAAGGGGAUUGCAUCUUGGGCCAUGAAGCUGCUGGAGUUGUCCUCAAAUGCGGAGAGGGCGUUACGAAUGUUGUACCUGGCGACAGGGUAGCUGUUGAGCCGGGUAUGCCAUGCGGCGAAUGCUUCCUUUGUUUAGAGGGGAGGUACAAUCUCUGCGAAGACGUCAAGUUCUCCGGCGUCUAUCCUUACGCUGGAACGAUUCAGAGAUACAAGAUUCACGCUGCUAAAUGGCUUCACAGGCUCCCUCAUAAUUUAUCUUUUGCUGAGGGCGCUCUUCUUGAGCCUCUAAGCGUUGUCCUCCACGGCAUCCGCACCGCAGGCCUAAACCUUGGCUCUGGCACGGUUAUCUGUGGCGCGGGCCCUAUUGGGCUAAUUGCUUUGGCUGCGGCGAGAGCGUCUGGCGCACAUCCGAUCGUCAUCACAGACAUCGAGCCAAGAAGGCUUCAGUUUGCCCGAGAAUUUGUCCCGUCGUGCCGGACCUACCGGGUGGAUCCCUCGUUAGAUGCAGCGGAGAAUGGACGUCGAAUCCGAAGACUCUUUCGCAAUGAUGAUGCUAAUACGGCACCAGAGCUUGGGCAAGAUCUCAAUCAGGAGUACUACGCACCGAGAACUGUUCUAGAGUGCACAGGGGUGGAAAGCAGCGUCUGUACUGCCGCAUAUACUGUUCGACGGGGAGGAACCAUCUGCAUCAUUGGAGUAGGCAAAUCGAUCAUGAAUAAUCUACCUUUCAUGCACAUUUCUCUGGCUGAGAUCGAACUCAAGUUUAUCAACCGUUAUCGCGACACAUGGCCGGCAGGCAUUGCGUGUCUUAGUGGGGGAAUCCUUGAUUUAAAGCCUCUAGUAACCCAUGUUUACCCCCUUGAAGAUGCUGUUGACGCCCUGCAUCUCGCAGCCGAUCCAAAAAAUGGAAGUAUCAAGAUUCAGAUUGUUGAUGAAGGAGGAGAACAUACAUUGCCGUAG